AUGGCCGGCAGCACCAAGAGGAAGCGCUCUGCUAUCGCAUGCGUUGCCUGCCAUCAGCGCAAGGUCCGCUGCAAUCUCGCCGCUCAGGGCCCGCCCUGCACAAACUGCUCGGAGGAUGGCAAUGUAACCUGCCGCGUGUAUGGCAGCCGGGCCCCGUCUGAUGUCCCGCCGCCGCCGCCGCCUCCGAUAUCUCCGGUCAUGCCGUCGCCCUCCAGCUCUUCACAGCAUCUGCCUGGCCGAGGAGACGAGCACUCCAGCCCCGAUCCGGAACCAGAUCCGGGCCCAUCUUCGAAGCGGCAGUAUCGCCCGACCAGUAUUGAGAACUUAUUGUGUACCGCACAUGACCCAAGUUAUGCACAUGGCACCCCGAAUGCUCCUGUUCUCUACUAUAUUGGCGAGUCUGCUGGCAUGGCUUUGCUCUUCGACGUUUGCUAUCCUUCUCGUCCUUUGCCAGGCAACUUUUACAUCAUUCAGCGACAGCGUCGUUACUUUCCCCCGGCACAUAUCACAUCUCCCCUGAUGGCGCGCCCGCUGCCUGAACCGGCGGCUCUUCAUGACAUGAUUUGUUGCUAUUUUCGUUACCUUCACCCGUAUUUACCUGUCAUCGAUGCGGGCCGUUUCAUUUCAGCAUUCGCCAACCAGCCAAGCAGCAUCAGCCCCCUCCUGCUGUGGAGCGUCUUAUUUGCUGCCGCUACGUUCGUCAAGCCAGAGCAUUGGCAAGCUACUGAGUUCAGAACCAGAAAGGAAUACCAAGAGGAUAUCUACCGGCAUGCCAAGGCGCUCUAUGACAGCCAGAUCGAGGUAGACAAGCCGACAAUAAUACAGGCUUGCAUACUCCUCUCGUAUCACCUCGUGGACCGAGAAGAUCUGGACGGGCCAUGCCACUGGAUUGGAGUGGCAACCGGUCUAGCACACAGCAUCGGUUUCCACCGAAAACCAACAUGCGAACGGGUCCAAUCUUCUCCAUUUUCCCAGUCACAAUGUAGUAUUUGGGCACGUAUCUGGUGGAGUCUUUACUCCCGUGAGGUCUGGCUCGGUCUCGGUUUUGGCAGGCCACUCCGAAUCAACUCGGAAGAUUGCGACUUACCAAUGCCAGAACCCGCCGCAGUUCUCAACGAUGUUGACAGCCUUCCAGCUACACUGCGAGAAACAUUCAUUCCUCGCGAGUUUGAAACACUUGUGCCUCUAUGGAUAGAGUUGCUGAAGCUGGCUAUUGAACUGGAAACAAUCUUACGACUCAACUUUCAGCCUGGUCAACCACCCGCGUCGCUCGCGGCUCUCGAAUCACAUUACAGUACUCUCCAGGCAAUGCAGAACAAAGUCUGCGUGGAACUGAUGGGGGAAACACCACUCUUGUUAUUACAUCGCAGUGUCCUCAAGAUUUACCAUGGAACUGUGUUAAUUGCUCUUCACCGACCGUACCUCAUCCCGUCAAAGCAAAGCUCAAUAACUCCUCUCGAGCCAAGCAAUAUCCAAUCGCUCGCGAUGGACAGGUACACUACAGCCGCUUCGGCCAUCACAAAGGCCGUCAACGACCUUGUACGCGCUGACCUACUCAACGUUUCACCCCCCACGCUCCCGACCUGCAUCAAUUCCGCCAUUGGAGUACACCUCCACGAAGCGUGCCGUUCAGAGGGAAUCGGCCGCCAACUUGCGUUGCGAAAUGUAAACCUCCACAUGCUUGUUCUUUCCCAUCUCGGCAAGAUUUACUGUUCCGCCGAGAUACAGUAUCGUUUCUUUCUCCAAAUCAUGAAGACGGCUGAGCCUCUUCCCUCGACUCAAAGCAGAAGAACAUCUCGUAGGGGAAGUUGUAGUCAUGCAGGAACAGCAGCCGUAGGUCCCCUACAAGCCAGUGAGCCGCAGGAUGCUACUCGCGAAACAACCGCCUAUGAUGUGGUCACCCCAGUGUCUACGCAACCGGCAUCUAGGGAGUAUCAAGAUGCAGUUCAUGGCCAGACACCCUGUAAUAGCGAAGGAGAUGCGCUCUUGGGGGAUGCAAACAUCGAUCACGAUUUCUUUUUGUCCUCUACUUUGUUCAAUAUUGACUCAACUCCCUUCUCCGAGGAGGAAAUGGAUUUCUAUAAGCAAUGGGGUCUAACAAAUUUGUAG